UCUGCUGACUUCCUUCCAAUACAUACCUGCACACCACCCUCUCCCGAGCUGCCCCGACAGCUCCGUCCCCCAAGCUGGGCACUUCUCCCCUUCCACCCCCCGGGGGCUGGGCAUAGCCACAGCCCUGGAAGGUGGCACUGGACAGGGGGCAGGUGGCACCCUGAGGACAGCAUUGCCUUUAGUCAGAACACCUGUCUCCCCUUCCUUUCUGCUACCCAAUCUUGGGUACCGCAUAUAGGGUGGCAUUGCCCACCGUGCCACGCCCCAUCACUGCCUUUGCCUCCUGCCUUGUCCCCCCUAUUCCCAGUUUGCUCUCCUAAUGCCUGGCUGAAACAAUCCAGCACCUACAGCUGCCCUCACCUCUUCCUUGCCUCUGGGAUUGGUGCUGCUGCUCCUGAGUCCUCCCUGGACACGGGACAUCUAACGGACACCUCGGUCAACCUGAGUGGAGCCAUGGGCAGUGCCAGCCCCGGCCUGAGUGCCCCACCACCAAGCCGCCUCCUCUUGCCUGAUACAGGGCUACGGAACAGCCUGGAAAAGGGGUCAGGGGCCGAGAGGAGAGUCUGGAGCCCCAGCCCCCCUGCUACACCUGAGCAGGGUUUAUCGGCCUUCUAUCUCUCCUACUUUGAUAUGCUGUACUCUGAAGAGGGAACCUGGGGGGGAAAGGGUCCAGUCGAGGAGGACCAGGAGGAGGCCCCCAAGGAGCCAGAGCAGUGCCCCAUCAUCGACAGCCAGGCCCAGGGGGCGGGUCUAGACUACUCCCCAGGCAACCUGACCCUGGAGGAGCACUCGUUGGAGCAAGUACAAUCCAUGGUGGUCGGGGAGGUGCUGAAAGACAUCGAGACUGCCUGCAAGCUUCUCAACAUCACCGCAGAUCCCAGUGACUGGAGUCCAGGGAAUGUGCAGAAGUGGCUGCUUUGGACAGAGCACCAGUACCGGCUGCCUUCAGUGGGCAAAGCCUUCCAAGAGCUGGGGGGCAAGGAGCUGUGUGCCAUGUCGGAGGAGCAGUUCCGCCAGCGCUCACCCCUCUGUGGGGAUAUUCUGCAUGCCCACUUGGACAUCUGGAAAUCAGGCUGGUGCCUCUGUGAUUCUCAUCAAGCCCUUCCUUCUGCUACAGCCACCUGGAUGAAAGAGAGAGCCUCUGGAGCUCUGCAUGUUUGUGCAGUGGAGAGUGAGGAGACCUGGAACGACAGUGAAGUGGACUCUUCCUGCUCUGGACAACCUAUCCACCUUUGGCAGUUCCUGAAAGAGCUGCUGCUCAAACCACACAGCUACGGCCGCUUCAUCCGAUGGCUCAAUAAGGAGAAAGGCAUUUUCAAGAUUGAGGACUCAGCCCAGGUGGCCCGGCUGUGGGGCAUCCGCAAGAAUCGUCCAGCCAUGAACUAUGACAAGCUGAGCCGUUCCAUCCGCCAGUAUUACAAGAAGGGGAUCAUUCGCAAACCCGACAUCUCCCAGCGACUGGUUUACCAAUUUGUGCAUCCUGUUUGACUGGGGGGCAACCCCAGAUGCAGGGAGUCAGGAGAGGGACAGAGCAGGACUGGGACCCUGAUCUCACCCCACUGGCUUACCUUUCUCUCAGCUUGCCCCCCACCCCAACCUAGGCCCUGCCUGCUCUACCCCUGACCCUAGUCAGUGCUGCUGGGAACUGUACUCAGGCCAAGGGGACUGGGAAGGCUGAGCUCCAGAUUGGCUGAUUGCCCAACCCCAGAGCUGAUCCCUGUCCAAGGAACAAGGGGCCUGUGUUGGGGAGGUGGAAGACUGGUCUUCUCUUGGAACAAGCACAAGUAUAUUCUGGGGUACUGGGGCCCUAUAGGGGCGGGAUCUUUCUUUGACCAAAUUGUUGACCUGACUCUCCUUCCAAAAUAUUAACCUGCUCUCUUACCCUA